GCUCAAAUACGUUAUCCUCAUCAAUGUUGUCCAUGGUUCCAGAGAACAUACCAUCGCUGGACAGAACUUACUGCUCCCCUAAACAGUUGACAACUGGCACAAAUUCUUAAAUGAUUUUUGAUGGGCAUAACAUGAGAUAUUACAACAGCGUUGCCACUUAGACUACUAAACUGGAUGCUAAGAAAACAGCUGUUCGGAUAAGCGCGCCAUACGGCAGCAUUAAAGUACGCUGCGUACUAUAUGGUUAUCCCGCUCGCACGCACGCCCAGCUGAUGCCGACCGCUUGUUGCUUUCGAAAUUAAAGUCGCGAUUUCCCAAAGUGAUGUAAAGAAAUUAUCAAAAAAUAAGGAUUAUGAGUAACUCUACGCGUGCCUUUGUUGGCAUGCAGAACAAAUAUGACCGCGUGGUCUUGUUGGUGGACAUGGAUUGCUUUUUCUGUCAAGUAGAGGAGAAACAGCAGCCCGAGUAUCAAGGCAAGCCCCUGGCAGUGGUGCAAUACAAUCCUUGGCGCGGAGGUGGCAUCAUAGCUGUAAACUAUGCGGCGCGUGCAAAGGGCGUAACACGCCAUAUGCGAGGCGAUGAGGCUAAGGAGCUGUGUCACGACAUCAUCCUGUGCAAGGUGCCAAACAUCAGGGAAAAGGCCGACACGAGCAAAUACCGUGAUGCCGGUAAAGAGGUGGCAAAUGUGCUGCAACGCUUCACCCAGUUGCUGGAACGCGCAUCUGUCGAUGAGGCUUAUCUGGACAUAACAGAGACAGUUAAUCAACGUGUCGAGCGGCUUCAGACGGGCUCCUUUGCAUUGAAGCCCCAGGAGCUAGUCAAUUGCCAUGCAGUCGGCUAUGAAAAUAUUGGCGAAUAUGUGAAUAAGAUAACAAAUCGUUUUGCCAAUCCCUAUGUGGACGAUGAACGUUAUGUUCUUGCCUACGAUCCGAACGAUCUGCCGGCUGUGCGUCAAAGCGAUUUGCGUCUAUUGAUUGGAGCCUGCAUUGCGGGUGAGGUGCGUGCAGCGGUCAAGGCUGAGACGGGCUACGAAUGCUCAGCGGGCAUUGCGCAUAAUAAAAUACUUGCAAAGCUUGCAGCGGGCAUGAACAAGCCAAACAAACAGACGAUACUACCACUGUCACAGAUACCUCCGCUCUUCGACCAACUGCCGGUGGGCAAAAUCAAGGGAAUGGGUGGUAAAUUUGGUGAAACAGUGUGCGAAUCACUCGGCAUUAAGUUUUUGGGCCAGGUGCUCAAAUACACCGAGCAGGACUUGCAGCGCAAGCUGGACGAGAAGAGUGGCACCUGGUUGCACAACAUAGCACGUGGCAUUGAUCUGGAAGCAGUUACACCGCGUUUUUACUCCAAGAGCAUUGGUUGCUGCAAAAAAUUUCCUGGCCGCAAUAAUAUAACAGGCCUCAAGACACUGCAGCAUUGGCUGGGAGAGCUAUCCAGCGAAAUAAAUGAUCGCCUGGAAAAGGAUUUCAUAGAGAACAAUCGGAAAGCAAAGCAAAUGGUGGUGCAGUACGUGCAGGACAUCGAUGGCCAAGAAGUGGCUAGUUCCCGUUCCAUGCCGCUCAAUCAAUGUGAUCAGGAGACGCUGGCCAAGCAUGCUCUAGAGCUGAUCAAGACGAACACAAAGACCUUUUUACGUGCGGGCAGCGAGGCUGCCCUCAACAAUGCCAUCAAAUUUCUGGGCAUCAGUGUGGGCAAGUUCGAAACGGCAUCAAGUGCGCAGAAUAGCCUGCAGACAAUGUUUGCCAAUCAGGCUGCCAAGAAGCGUCGCAUCAGCGUGGAGGAGUGUGUGGAAAAGCCAGUUGUGGAACAAAAGGCGAAGCAAACGGAAGAAGGCAAGAUGAAGAGUUUCUUUGCGAAUUACCUUCAAGCAAACAAAGAAGAAAAUGUAAAGGAAAAAUUGAAAGUGGUUGAAAAGUCUGCAGAAGUUGUAGCUAAUUCGGAAGCAGAGGAAAGUAAAAUAACUAAGCUAGCGGGGGAGAAAUCGAAACUUAAUGCAACAACAUCAUCACCUAAGAAAAGUAUUUUUGAAGCAUAUAAGCGAAAAUUGAUCGAUGCGUCUGUUGCAGAAGAGUCCAGCGACGACAAGGCAGCGCCUACUUUAACACCACCUGAAUUUAAAGAGAGCUUCUUUGCCAAGUAUCUGCAGCAGCAAAAAGAAGUUAAGAAAGAUGUGCAGCAAUCAAAUAAGACAUCUGAAUCCAACGAUUCCACUGAAAUGCAUGACUUGGCUGCCGAGCUGGAUGAGAUCGAGUCAAGCAAUAAUAAUCCACAGCAAGAAGUUGAGGCUCUGCCGCCACCAGAACAGCCCUCCACAUCAAAGCGUAAAUUCGAGCAAGCAAAGGCCAACGAAGCAGCGACAACCAGUAACUUUACAAGCACUUAUGCUGAGUACGCUCAACCCGAGCUGCGUGCAGACCUUAUAAGCUUUGUCAAAUGUGAUGAGUGUGGCGCCCAAAUACCCGACGAUGUCAAGGCACUGCAAACCCAUCGCGAUCAUCACUUUGCCCAGCAAUUAAAUCGACAGCUACGCGCUGAACAGCGCGAAGAUGCACAGCGUAGUCGAUUGAAUGCCACUAAUACAUCAGCUGCCUCACCCACAACCAAACCUGUGCAUGCAAAGAAAGCUAAAAAGGCUAGCGGAGCAACACCAACGACUACAUCAGCUGCGAAGCCUGUCAAUAGCAUUACCAAGUUCUUGGCGCCCAAGCAGCCGCUAGAGCCACCACCCAGCUGCAGCAAUGCAACCAUGGAGCUCUGCGCUGAAUGCAAGACAUAUGUAAAAUCUGUAGAUAUGCCGGAGCAUUUGGAUUUUCAUAUGGCCAAAAAGCUACAGCGUGAACUCAAUCAACUAGAAGUGCGCACCAUAAUUACCUCAACGAACAAAAAAGCAACGCCACCGCCUGCCAACACGAAGCUAAAUAGUACCUUAAAUUCCAGCUCGGCUAACCAUUCUAUUACCAAGUUCUUUACGCAAAUAAAUUAAACGAUACACUAAAAGCUUUGCCAUAGAUACGAAACAAUGCUAUGAAAGUAUUAUUAUAAAUAAUGUUGAUAUUUAAGCACAGCUAAGCUUACUCACGUCAGAUAAAUCAUUCCGAUCUGUGUGCCAUGUCGAACCAGUUAAGUUAAGUUUUAAGUUUAAUUUUUGUUUGCAGUUUUAAGUUGAAGAUUUUCUAGUAUACAAUAUAUUUGAAAUAAUUAUUAAAUAGUUUACACGAAUCAAUAAAAUUCCAAUAUUAUUUUAUAGAAUAUUUGUAUCCCAUAUAAAAAUCUAACAACUCUUUCGAAGCUAUGAUUGCCUUUGUCAGAGGAAAAGUUCGAGGCUUUCGGACUACUAGAAAACUAUGUUUGUUUGGCUGCAAGAAAAAUAUGUACAUUCAAGUUAAGAUCAUGGCAAUAGGCAUUUCUUAUAUUGUGUAGAUUUAUCCGUCUAUAUAUGAUGCUAUAUGGAAUAGUCAAAGACCAACCAUAUGCCAAGCAGUUCUGUUAAAUUAGGUGGCAUUUAACAUAUUUAAAGAUAAAUGUAAAGCUCUGAUCUGAGGAGCGAAUGCAGUGUGUUUUAAUUGUUACUUAAUAAUAUUAAUCAUAUUCACAAAAAAAAAAAA